AUGCAGCCCCAAAUUCUGCAUGUUUACUCGCACGUCAUAUGGCGAGUGAUUCUGGGCAACAACUUCAGAUCUGAAGUUGUGGAUAUCUUCGAACAGUACUCAGCUACACUGAUCCCCGUAAUGAAGAAACUCAAGGCACAACGACCUAUGAUGGCCCGCAUCACUGCCUCUUUUUCCAGCGAAGUGCGUCACGUCAAUGCGCAAUUGGAUCGAGCAACGGCUUUCUUUACACCUAUAUUUGAGCAAUGUGUUCAGGCAUUCGAGAAAGGUUCACCGACUGGUUCGCUUGAAAAUGAUUGGUUUGAAGAGCUUAUCCGCACGGCACCAGCCGACAAGCGUCGUGACUACAAAUAUCUCACAAACGUUCUCAUAGGUUUCGCCUUUACGUUUGUUUUCUCACCCGGACCCUCAACAACGCAGGUUGUCUACGAGUUCGCCUUCCGCCCUGAUUAUAUCGAUCUGGUGCUUGAGGAGGCGUAUAAUGUCCUCGGGGAGCGAUCGGAAAGCUGGAACUUCACGCGGGACAGCCUUCGCAGGCUUUCAUUAUUAGAUAGUUUCUCCAAUCUGAUGAAGAAAAUCCACAAGACUCAAACCCUACCAAAUGGGGUCGUUCUGCCCGCUGGCACCAUCUUCGAGGUGGUCAUGACAGCGGCACACCUGUCCAACUCAAACUUCCAAAACCCGGCCGAAUGGAACGGACGCCGCUAUCAUGAACUCCGGCAACAAAUGUCGUCGGCAACGACCGGCUCCAAUAAGUACGAAUGGGGCAGUGCAACCAGGGAUGACGUCAACUUUGGUUACGCCUCCCAUAUGUGUCCUGGUCGGUGGGCUGGGUGCUCUAUUGCUAAGAUGUUCCUCAUCAAGCUCCUGGCCCGCUAUCAGAUUCGUCCGGAGGACGGAGAGACCGAGAGAUAUCAAGACAUACACUCUGGUCAAUACGCCAAGACAUAA